AUGGCGAGCGGGGUUGAGGUGGCAGGGCUUGUCCUCGCCAUUCUGCCUCUUCUCGUCAAGAAACUCGAUGACUACGCAGCGGGAUUGGCAACCAUCAGGGCAUUUGGCAGCAAAACGCACCGCUUCGAGAUGAAGAUCUACGCGGCAAGGCUGGGGGCACAGAAGGCGAUCUUGAUGAAUGGCGUCGUCCAUUUGAUAAGGGAUGCCAUUGGCGACGAUGUCGACGUAGCGGAAGUCUUAGAAGAUCCCCAUCACUCCCUGUGGCGGGAUCCGAAGGUCGAAGCCAGCCUGCGCACCACACUGGCCAACAACUAUGGUAUCUUCGUCGCAAACCUGACCUUGUUGCUGAAGAUGCUCAAAGAGCUGAGCGAUAAAUUGGGUUUGCAAAGGGACGAAUCUGGGAACGAGGAGGGUUUCGUGAGUGCUGUGAGGAAAUAUCGCGAGGUCUUCUCCCGACCGGUCUAUGACAACCUUCUCAGAAACAUCGAAGCUAUCAAUCUGGCCCUUCGGAUGCUCAGUGAGGAUGCGAGGGCAACAGAGACAAUCAAAAGCAACCGCCGAGCAGACAACCAUCCGUUGACAGGCGUACGCAGGACCCGAAAGUAUGCUCGCACGCUGCACCGCGCUCUUACCCAGCAACGGUCUUGGAGGUGUCCAGCAGAGCAUGGUCACGUCGUGAGCUUGCGGGUCGAUCCAGUACGUACUCUGCAAAAUAUGCGUCUGGGCUGUCAGACGGUCUUCAACGUGGCUGUCGUAUCCGAUCAACCGUUGAACAGCUGGAGCGGGCAGGAACUCGAGAUUAAAACCAUUGAGAUCCAGUCCACCACGUCGAACCCAGCUUCUCCACGGGGCUCAAUGGACUCGGCAUCAUCCUCCAGGACGCGAUCUCAUCCGUCCCGGGCCUCGUCUUCUGGCUCGACGUCCUCCCACCUUCCAAGAUUUGCGACAAACGCCGCCGGUUCGUCGUCCGCUCCUCCUCAAAUACGGGACUGCUGCUCGGUCUUCCUGACCAACUCCUCUACUGCCUCCACUUAUGGCGAAUGCCUCGGCUUCAUCGAACGUUCAGACCACCGUCAUGAGAUCUACUUCCUUCGGCAUCUGACUAACACGGCCUAUUCAGAGGCUCUAGACGGUGCGUUGGAUCUAGCGGUCACGGGCCGUGCCACAUGGAGUGCAGACCAGCAUUACCUGUCCCGGCGUGGCAACCGGCUGCGGGUAGCCGCGGCGUUAGCAAUAAGUGUCCUUAAUUUGUCUGGCAACUGGCUGAAAGCAGAAUGGCGCAGCAACGAUAUCUCCCUCAGCAAGAGAGAUAUUAGCCAGCAGCAGGACCCAGAAGGCCACAGUCCCGUCCAGCUGGAAUUUUCUUGGAGGAUCUCAUGCCAACGCGAGUCGGGAACGGCCUUGUGCGUCCAGCAACACCGCAGUUCUCUUCUAUUCCCAUUAGGAGUAGCCCUGGUGGAGCUUGCAUUAUGCCAGAGUCUUGCGUCACUAUACUUGCACGACGAGGACGCCGAUCCCAGUGAGGACGGUGCGCAGCUAAAAACAGCAACGAGAAUGCUUCCGCACGUUGCCAGCGAAUUCGGCAAGACGUAUGAAACCGUUGCAAAGCGGUGUCUGAGCUGGCAAGUCCCUCGAGCAAACCAGGCCAGAAAUGAAGAUGAUGACGAGCAAAUCCAAAGCUCGAUCUACGAGAGCGUGGUAUAUCCCCUUAUUCAGAUACUCGGCCAUUUUGAAGGCUGGCCGGAGCACUAA